CAAAAACUUUCGCAUUCGUAUUCGUCGAAACGAAAGCAAAGAGUCAGCGUAAAAUUUGUUAAAAAAAAUAAAUAAUAAAUAAAUAAAAAUAAAAUUGUAUAAAUUUACACCAAAAUAAAUGCAGAGUCGCGUGAAAAACAUUAAAUAUGAAUCGAAAGGGAGCGAAAGAACAAAAUGAUAUUUCGAGAAUAAUUGGAAAUUUACCAAAAAGGUUGCAGAGAAAAAUUGCCCAAGAAACUGGUGCAGGUGCUGCUGACUACAAUAUUGGUGAAAUACCAAGAGCCAAAAAUGUGCAACCAGAUAAUGUUGCAGUCAAAGAGGAAAUUGUAUCGUGCCAGAAUGCUGGAGGAGAUCAGCGUUCCGAUGUGGCUAGUAUAGACAUGUUCCUUAAAAUGACAACGCAAAGCUGCGUUACUGCAAGACCAAUUGACGACGCUCCUAUUCCUGGAAUAUUGCGUAUCCAAAAGAAGGAUAAAUCUCAACAAAAACUACUAGAACGACAACAACAACAACACCAACAUCACCCAUUGACAUUGACAACAACAAAAAGAGAGACUCCAGCGAAUUGCAAUAACAACAGCAAACAACACCCAAGCUGGUUCGAGUUUGUCUUUAUCAAGGAUCUUUCUUACGCAAAACCUCUUCCACUUUUACAUGAUUUUGUAACUGAUUUGCUAAAGCGAAAAGUUGUAAUUGAGAAUUGGGAUGCUCUUAACGGUUUUCGCAAGCAACUCAAAGACAUAUUUCUACAGUUGCUUUUAAAUCAAAUGAAAUUCUGUUGCGAACAGAAUGUCGAGUCGUAUUUUUGGAAGCUUCUCUACUACAACAUUAUUGAAUAUUUGAAAACACAUUCCGAUGAAAAUCAAACAACAGAAAAUGAAUUGAAAUCAAUUGAUAUUAUCAACGACGGACUUCAAUAUUAUUCUAUGCUUUUAGAACACCUUAGUCGCAAAUAUUUACGCACCACCAACAAUGGCAGCAGCACUAGCACCAACACCAACACCAGCAAUGAUGGAUCAACACACAAAUAUCAAUUUAUCGCUAAAGUUUCGUCACAAAAGGUUCUCAUAUGCUUGGGUGAUUUAUACAGAUACAAAUCAAAGAUUCUUAAUUCGAAUGACUAUACUGACGCUUGUCAGUUCUAUCAACGGGCACAAAGUCUUAUUCCAUCGAAUGGUAUACCUUAUAAUCAAUUGGCAAUAUUGGCUAUUUAUUCAAGAAAAAAACUCGAUGCAAUCUAUUAUCACAUGAGGAGUUUAAUGUCUUCCAAUGCAAUUCAAUCGGCUAGAGAAAGCCUAAAGGUGCUUUUUGAUGAGAUACGCAAGAAGUAUGAAGAAAAUAACAAGUCACCACUUUUUGGAACUCCCGAACGUAAAUUUGACAAGGAACCAAAGUCUUUGCGUAAGGAGGUUUGGGUAUAUCCAGAUGGAGUACGAAGACUGCACAAGACUGAUUUAAUUAAUAAAAGCAUUGAAAGUGAAGAGAAACGUUUGACUGAUUUGCCAGGAGAAGAAGUUUUGAAGAGAUUUACAUCAACUUAUUUGUAUAUUAUUGGAAAACUUUUUUCCGGAAUUGGUUUCGAAAACUUUCAAGAAAACGUUAAGAAAAUUAUGGUGCAAUUGAAAGUGAUCUUAAAUUGUCCUUCAUCUCUUAUUAUCACCCGUCACCGAUUAUUGAAAAUUGCUGCAUUAAAUAUUUUUGUCAUAACACAUAAUAAAUCAAAUGAUUCCAGAAAAGAAAUAUUCAAUCACGCGUUUAAUGUUUCCAAUCAAGUUUUUGGCAUAAUUGUAAAAUUUGCCAAUAAAAGACUUCUUGAAUCAAAAGACAGGAUCGUCAAUUCUAACAGUGCCGAUGGUUUAGACGUUAAAGACCUUAACACUCUAUUGCAAUACAUAAAGGUUUGGUGUGACUGGCUCUCUGUAAACACAGAUUUGUGGAAACCAUUUCACAAUACCAGGCAACAAGAACUAAAUCCCUGGCUUGAGUUAGAACAGCAUAUCCAUAUUUUACAGCAAAUCCACAGACCAGAAUCCAAUGAUACUAAAUCAAUUCAUCUUGAAGAAGACAUUUUCCUCAAUGGCUUUGUUUCGCUUCCAUUAAACGAUUAUCAGAUCUGUGAUAGUUAUACAAGUGCCAAUGAAACCGAUCAGUUUUUCGUGAGAAUCAAUAAAAUAUAUGCAUUUGGAAAGAUUUUCUUUCAAUAUAUUAGCAAUAUGGAAAACGUUGCUUUGGUGACGGACAUUAAACAUAAAACUGGACACAUAGAUCUGGAUACUUUUGAAGAGUAUGAAGAAGGUGAUGAAAAUGAUAAUAGUGAAAAUAUUAUCCCCAUCGAUUCACUCUCGAAGCUGGAUGUUUGUGAUAAGGACAUGGAAGAUAUAUUGCAACUAUCAAAAUUGAAAAAAGAACUUGAAGCUAAAACUAACAUCACAAAGAAAUAUAAUGAAAAAUUGGAGGAAAUUUUGAAAUUCGUCGAUACAAAGCUGUAUAUUGAAGUUCGACCUAAAUACUUGCUUCCCGAUACAAAUUGUUUCAUUGAUUACCUCGAUGACUUUGAAGCUUUAAUCAAGAAUUUCAAAAAGUACAUUUUGGUAGUUCCAUUAACAGUUGUUAAAGAACUUGAUGGCCUUUCGAAGGGUGUGAAAAUCGAAACUCACGAAAAUUCUCAAGUUAAGAAGAAUCGUAUCCAUCAUUUCGAUGAUGUCUCAACUCGAGCAAAAAAGUCCCUAGAGUUCAUAAAGUCUGCCAAUAAUAACGUCAAAUGUGCUACAACCAAAGGUUCUAUUAUAAAUGCAUCACUAUUUGCACUUGUCGAGGAGCAGCAAGCAUCAAACGAUGACAAAAUCCUUGCCACUGCACUUGCUCUUACAAAAUCGAUGAGUAAAGAGGCCAACAAAGAUGGAAAAACAUUUAUCCAGACAGAGUUAGUCCUCAUUACAACAGAUCGUAAUUUACGAGUUAAAGCACUUGCUAGAAAGCUAGCAGUAAGCGAAUUAAAGGAAUUCCUUCAAUGGGCUAAUGAUAGCAUUGAUUAACAAUAUUUUUAGCUUUUUUGUUUAAAAAACUCUCAAAUGUCUUCAAUUUAUUAUAUAAUUGUAAUUACCUAACUUUUUAUUAGGUAUGUUUUGUUUUUUUUUUUUUUCUAUAUGAAGUACUAAUAUAUGUCUGUUAAUUUGAAAUUAAAAAUAGAA